AUGAGUGCUGAAAUUUUCUCUGAAAUUAGAUUAAAAACUAAGUUGAAAAAUUAUUUUGGCCAUGACGAUUAUAAAAAUGAUUUGCAACAAAAAGCUGUUGAAGCAGUCUACAAAGGAAACAAAGAUGUAUACAUUUGUAUGCCAACUGGAUCUGGAAAAUCUUUAUGUUUUCAAUUACCAGCAGUUGCCAAAGAAAAUUCAUAUGCCAUUGUUAUUUCACCUCUUAUAGCACUUGUCAAGAAUCAAGUUGAUUAUUUAAAUAGUAAAAAUAUUAUAGCAUAUGCUUUAAACAGCAAAACUACAAAAACCAUGAAAACAGCUAUAAUAAAUGAUAUGUUAUCAAAUAAUCCAAAGAUGAAAUUACUUUACGUAACUCCUGAACUGUGUGAUACACAAUCUUUUCAGCAUUUAUUGACUCAAGUGAAAUUAAAAGUUUUAUCUUAUUUUGUUAUUGAUGAGGCUCAUUGUCUUAGUCAAUGGGGUCAUGACUUUAGACCUAGUUAUAGGAAACUUUCUACAUUAAGAGAGCAAAAACCAGAAGUACCGAUUAUAGCUUUAACUGCUACUGCUGCUAAAGAGGUUAAAGAAGAUAUUUUCAAAACAUUGAAAAUGAAUAACCCAGUGAUAUAUAGUAUACCAGUUUUUCGAUCUAAUUUAUUUUAUGAUGUAUGGUUUAUCGAUACUAUACCAGACCCAUUUGAACAUUUAAAACAAUUUAUUAAAAUAUCACUUGGACCAACCGAUGAUUCUAUUCCAAAAGAAAAAAAAAAUUGUGGUAUUAUUUAUUGUAGAAAAAAAGAGACUACUGAAACAUUAGCACACAAAUUAACGACCUUAGGGAUCCCUACAAUGUCUUAUCAUGCUGGUUUAAAAAAUAAACAAAGAAUCGAAGUUCAAGAUUCAUGGACUUCUGGGAUCAUUUCGGUCAUUGCUGCAACUUGUAGUUUUGGAAUGGGUGUAGACAAAGCAUCUGUAAGGUUUGUUGUACAUUGGACUGUACCUCAGACAAUUGCAAGUUAUUACCAGGAAUCAGGUAGAGCUGGUCGUGACGGAAAACAAUCAUUUUGUAGAAUAUAUUUUAGUCGUGAAGAAUUCAGUACAAUUACGUUUCUUUGUCAGAACUAUGCAGAAGGAGAAUCAAGCAUUUCACAUUUUCAAAAUAAACACGAUUAUCAACAAAAUAAACUUAAGUCAUUUAAUCAAUUAGUAGACUGCUUUACCGGACUAAAAUGUAGGCAUGGUGUAUUUUCAAAAUAUUUUGGAGAUCCAGUGCCUAAAUGUGUAAAUCGAUGUGAUGUUUGUAAAAAUAAAGAUGCAGUCAAGGAAAAAUUAUUACAAUUUGAAUCAUCUAAUCAGUAUAAACCGAAACAUAAAGAGUAUCUAGAAAGUUUUGGACUUGAAAAAUAUGAUAAUUUUGAAUAUAAUACUGAGCCUAGAGAAUCUGAAGAUAAUACUCAAUCAAAGUUGGAAAAAUUGGCAAGACAACAAGAAAAACAAUUAAUAAAUGAACAAUUUCAAUUACGAAGGGGUGGAAAAAAUCACGACGAGAUUCAAAAGAUUAAUUUAGAGAGUGCAAAAACAUCUUGUGUUCUUGCAGCAGAAAGUACACACAUUAAAAUUAAAGGACUCACUGUCAAUUUACGAGAAUUUUUUUUUAACAAAAUAAAUAUUGGCUUGUUAAAUAAUUUUCACACUUGUAUUAAAGAAUACGAAAAAUAUUUAUCAGUUGAAAAUAUUAAUGACAUUGCACGUGAAAUAGAGUACAAUAUCGUUUGUACUGCAAAAGCUAUUUCAACUUAUAAGUUUUUGGCAACACAAAAGGUUUCACAACUUCAAAAACAGACUAAAAGUAAUGAAUUAUAUGAAGACUUAAAAAAACAUAAUAAAUUUAUAAAAACAGUAAAAUAUGAAGAAGAAAGAGGAGACUGCGAAACAUCGCUUGAAGAAUUUAAACAUAAAAAAAGGGACAUUUCUUCAUGUGAUAAUUUUCAGACAGCCUUGGAAUUAGAAAGGUUAAAAACAAAUUCUAUAGAACCAAAAGAUUUUACAAUGAAAUUGAAUAAAAUUGGAUCUACUUCUAUUAAAUGUAUAAUUGGAAAAUUGGAUUCUAGUUCUUCUGUAGGGUUUACAACAGCUCUAGAAUUUUCAAAAAUGAAAAAAGAUAAUAAAUUAAAUAAUAAGUCUCAAAAACAAAGUGAUUAUCCUUCUGUAAAAGCAUUUUUCAAAGGUAGCACAAAUAGAAUAGAAAAUAUUACAGAAAAAGAAAUAAAUCAAAAUCAAGAUAAUUAUGGAGAAAAUACAGGAGAGAAAUCUUGUAACGGUGAAAGUAAUCGUUUAAGCAAUAAGAUUAAUGAUAUUGUGUUAGGAAACAAAUUGGGUAAAAAUAAAACUAAAGAAAUAAUUGUAAAAAAUUCCUUUAAUAAUAAGUCAAAAAAUAUAGAUAAUAUAAAAAAAAAAGAUAUUAAAUAUAUGGAAGCUAAGAAAUGCUCUUAUGUAAGUUCGCAAAAAUCGAAAAGUUCUUUAAAAAAUAAAUUGGCUGCCAAAAAUGUAUUACUAUUUGGUGAUGACAUCUCGCCAGAGUUCGGUAUAGAACAGCAUGCAAUCAAUAUACGUGAUAACGAUACUACUGUAAUAAAUACUAUUUACAAAGCUAAUAACGAUAAAGAAAAGAUACUUUCAGUAGAAAAACAAAAUUCAGAAAAUAUGUGUUAUAUGCAAGAUAAAAUAGUUAAAGAUGAUAAGAAACGGUUACAUUCAGAUUUAAAAGAAUUUGAAAAUUUGAAUAAAAUUACACAUGAUAUAAAGCGCCAAAAAUUCAAUAACGAAGUUGCUUCGAACAAGACGCCAGCAUCGAUAAGAAUUCACAGAAAAACUUUUAACAUUUUAAAACCAAUCGUGAUGAAAUAUUAUGUAAGUUCGUAUAUUCCAAACGCUGCCAAGUUUAAAACUAUUUUUCGUAAAAUUCAUAUGGAUGUAUUAGAUAAACAAAUACAUGAUCAAGAUGGUAUAGAAGCAUUAGCAGUUAAGAGAAUAAAAUCAAAAAAAUAUCUCAAUAAUUAAUGACUUAUAAUAUUCAAAGACCAUAGUUGGAUAGUUUAUAUAAUUAAAUUGUGUUUCAUUUAUUUAUUUUUUUAUCUCAUUGUGAAUAACUCGUUGGUGUAGAUAUGUAUUUAAUUAGAUGUUUUGAUUACUUAAUUCUCCACUUAUUAGGUGUACAUAAAAUUUAUAGUAUUCAAAUAUUCAAGAAUAAAUAUUUUACAGAGAUAUUGUUACUAAUCAAACUGCGAUAAAUGAUGUA